AUGCAGAAGAUCACGUGGUUCCAUGUGGAUAGGUCGAAUCAACAAAGAUUCAAUUUCUGCAAAGCUGUGUGUAAAAAACAGGAAGAAAAUACCCCAAGGCAGGCAGAGAUGAAGACGACGGUUUUAAACAAACAGACGAGUUACAAGCGAUGUCAAACUAAAGCUCCGGAUCUGUUUACUCCUUCAAUGUUUGCCCAAACAAAGAACCCUCACUUUUUCAAGAACCUCCGUGUUGUCUUUGGUCAAGUGUUACCACACCCUUCCGGCGGAGGACCACCGGGCCUUUCCAAAUAG